GUGGAAGGCGGUCUCUCGCGUCAACAGCCUCACUUUGGCCGAGUGAUCUCGAUACCAUCACCGCCGCAGCUGGACCCGCGCGUCGCUGUCGUCGACUGAGCGCUGGAUGGCCGCCCAGUGAGCCCGCUGCCUGCCUGCCUGCCUGGCGCCACGCCACUGUACGGUACUUAUAAGACAAUGCCGGCAGGUGCUGAUGGCACACCGACCGCUUCCUCUAUCCACUCUGCCACCACCACGUCCUCGUUGCAGCGCCGCCCACAGUGCCCAGCAGAAGAAGCUCCUCUUCCCGCCCGCUCUCCCUCCCGUCUUCACCGCUCCGCAAACUAUUGCUACCCGCCUCGCAUGUUCGAGACAGUUCACUUGCAUUCAUGAGCAAUCAGCUAGCUACUGACACGUCAUUUCAUCCGCCCACCUCCACUCCUUCUCGAACCACUGCACCGCCGAUCACCGCCCUGCGGACUGCUGUCAGUGGCGGCACCAUGGACGAUGUGUCAAAGGAUGACGCCGCCGCCGCCUCGGAGCGCCAGGAAACCGAUGAGCCCGCCAACAAGCAGGUCGCCGACGAUCAGGUGAAGGCAGCUGCUGCGAAGAAGAAGGCCAAGUGCGUUAAGCCGAAGCACAAGAAACGAUCCAAGCCGAAGAGAAAGAAGUCCUCCCAGAAGAAGUCCUCUCGCGACGAUUCUAGCUCCGAUAGCGACUCCGACGACGAAUCGGCCUCGGACGACAGCUCCGACAGCUCAUCAGAAGAGGAGCAGCGGAAGAAGAAGUCGGCCAAAUCGAAAACGAAGAAGGCGAGCAAGAAGCGGCGGAAGAGUAAGACUAAGAAGCAGGAGUCGGAAAGUGACAGCGAGGAUUCCGAGAGUGAGGAGAGCUCUUCCUCCUCCGAGGACGAUUCUGCACGCCGGCGCAAGAAAACGAAGAAAGCAAAGAAGGCCGCGGACACCGAGACUGAAGAGGCUGGAAGCGAUGGCGAGGACGACAUGGCCGCCCUACAACUUCAGCUGCAAGAGCUCAGUGCGAAGAUUGACGAAAUGAAGACCAACCCGAAGAAGAGCGCGCUUAAGAAGCGACGUGCGAGUAUCAAGUCAACGUCAAGUACGAAGCGUAAGAGCAAGAAAGCAGAUGGCUUGGACUACAAACGUGUUGAUCAGCUUUGGGACAGCACCAUACACAACUACAAGCUGAAGGAGAGCGCGGAAGAAGAGGAGGGCGAAUUUACAGAGUACGCUUUCCUGGUGCGGAGACGAUUCGAUUGGGAGAACAAAUACCAGAGCACCGUCAUCGAUAUCAAAUCGAAAGCCCUGCGAGCUGUUCUGGCAGUUGUCAUGAAAGAUUGCAAGAGUGUGAGUCUCGAGGCCGAGGAGCCCACAAUCGACCCGAACCUGCUCUUCUUGUACCUCGAAGACCUGCGAACGUACUACAAAAAGACGUUGAAGAGCAAGAUCAAGGCUGAGCGCAAGAAGAAGGUGGUCAAGAAGCUGGAACAGCAGAAGGCUGUGUGUAGAACACUCGUCCAAUUUAUCGACGAUGAUUACGCCGAAACCAAGAAGACGUUGUAUCCACUAUUGGCUGCCGGCAACAUCACUUUCGACCUACUCUGGGCGCUGUUCACACCCAAUGACAUCGCUAUCACCUCUUGCUAUGGCGCAUGGGAGCACCCUCGCUGUUUCAAGGCCGACUGGGCAAUGAAGUACGCCACAAUUGCCAAGGGGGAAUGGUAUUGCAUCGAAGGGAAGUACAUGGAGUACGAUGGCAAGAGCUUCGGUUUUGGUGACUUUGAGGUCGACAUCGAAUCUUUCAAGGGGCCACGCAAGAUCACCAGUCUGGCUGCAUAUCCGCUGAAGUAUCACCGCGAUCCCGAGGGUAUCAGAAAGCAAAUCAUCGCCCGCGGCGAGAAGUUUGUCAACAUGGAGGGAAUGCAGUACCGGUCUCACAAAGGUCUCGCAUUCAUGAAGAAGAAGAAGGCGAUACUCAAGAUCAACAUCUCAGGCAGAAUUAUUGUGGACCCGGCCACCUUCCGCCGAGUGAACGCGAACUACCCAAUCUCCAUCAUCAAGCCCAAGGAAUCGGACGACCUUUUCAGCGACUCCGAGGAUGACGACUGCUCGUGUUGCAGCGACCCAGGCGACGACGAUGCACCCGGUGCGGAUGACAAGCUGGAGGACGAUGAGUUCGGCGGCGGUAACAGUCAAAAGUCCAAAUUCAAGUACAAGUGGGUGGAAGAUGCCCAGGGCGAACCUCAUUAUGUCGCUGUGGAAGUUGACGAAGAUGGCGAGCCUAUUCGAUCCCAGCAGAUCGAGACCUUGGAUAAGCGCACUUACACUGAAGAGCAACUGCUGUUGACUUCACCCGUAGUGCUUGGGUUCGCCUUCUCGGAGAAGCUGUGGCUCGAAUUCUCGCUUUCUGGUGUUGAAGACAUUGUCUGGAACGAUGAUGCCUACGACUCCUUGGUCCUGCCCAACGACAAGAAGAGCACUGUCCGUGCGUUGGUUGAGAGCCACAAGUUCCACCCUGCCCAGGCCAUUGACGACGUAAUCCAAGGCAAGGGCAAAGGUCUGGUGUUCGUCUUGCAUGGCCCACCAGGAACUGGAAAGACCUUGACAGCUGAAUCCGUUAGCGAGGCAUUGCGAUCACCGUUGUACAUCGUCUCAGCCGGAGAACUUGGCACUGAUCCCGCCCGACUUGAGCAGGAGCUGCAGAAGAUUUUGGACAUUGCCCACUCUUGGGGCGCUCUGCUACUGCUUGAUGAGGCCGAUGUAUUUUUGGAGAAACGAGAGGUGCACGACAUACACCGCAACGCACUGGUCUCGAUCUUCUUGCGCUUGCUUGAAUACUUCCAAGGCAUUCUCUUCCUCACGACCAACAGAGUGGAGACUUUCGACGAUGCUUUCCAGUCACGCAUUCAUGUUGCUCUGCGAUAUGAUGAGCUGACGCCAAAGGCUCGCAAGGAAAUUUGGAAGAAUUUCAUUGAACGUGUUCGCAAGCAAGGUGAACUGAACGAGCAGAACGACACCAAGGAUGUCGUUGGGGUCGACAAUUUCAGCGAAGAGGACUUCGUUGCUCUCUCCAGACAUCGACUCAACGGUCGGCAGAUCAAAAACAUGGCUCGUACAGCACAGGCAUUGGCUAUUAACGAAGGACAGAAAUUGACCAUGGGCCACAUCAAGCGGGUAUUGGACGUGGCGGAGACUUUCGACCGCGAUCUCAAGGGGGGUUCAGGUUACCUUGAUGCGAUGCGGUCCUACACAUAAGAGCUAAGGACAAGGCUUGAUCGCAAUUUGGCGUUGUAUCGCAUGUGGGAGACGGCGUUCGUUUUGGACAUCGUCCACAGUUGGGAAGGCGCUGUGGCAUUCGGGCUAAAGUAGUUGCAUCUCCGCUCUUUGCUUUUGAUGACGGUUUCGGCAUCUUGUAGCAACAGGCUGAUACGAACAUUCGAGUACGGCAGCAGAAGGUAACAGACGAACGCGAAACGGCCGAUUUUGACGUACAUAGUUUCUUGGUCACACGGCUAACAAUCAUUGUACAUUGCUCUCGAGAAACAAUACUCUGCUUCGCUCCCAUG